AUGUCCAACAAAAAGAAGAGUAAGAGUAAGGCCAGCGAGAGCCACAAGCGUGGUGGAAGAGAGAACAGUCCUCGUGGACAACACAACUCUCCCUCACUACAAAGAGACAACAGUAUCUCUGAUCAGCAAGGAAGCGAGAACAGCGGUACUGGCUCUGGAACAAACGGGAUCAAAUUAGCCGCUCGCUUGUUGCGCAAUCCAUUGUUCUCCAAAAGAGGGUUUGAACAUGCAAAAGAGGGAUUAAAAAGUGAGAGAACAGGUGACUCAAUAAGCACAUUAAAGUGUAUAGGCAGCGGACUUCUCUUCCUUUAUCCUAUUGUGUUCAUAAUAUACAGUAUCUUCGGUUUAGCAUCUGGAGACAAAAAUAAUAGUAUACAUGUUUUUGUGUAUGGCGGUCCACUAUUCACUGCUGUUCCUUAUUUCAUACGUUACUUGGAUGAUGUCGAUACAUUGCUUUUAAGUAUAUUUGAGAUUGGGGAGAAGAGCUUGCUCGGAUAUUUCGCAGACCCAGGAAUCAGAGAGUUUCUCUUGACUGUUUUUGAGAUUGCUGGACUCAUUUAUCAAUGCGUAAAGGGUAGGCAAACGUUUAAAGUCUUUUUUUGGGGAAUUGUCGGUUUUAUUUUUUAUCUUGUAGGAAAUAUUAUCCUAAUCUUGGAGAGAAAGAAAAGGCCAGAAUCGGUAGUGGGUAAUUCGACGUGA